UCUGUUUUGUGAAUAUUUCUGGUUGAAGUUGAAAACCCUGUUGCCAGUAUUAUUCAGGCGCUUUGGAUCCUUACAUACAUUUUCUUCCAAAAUACAAGUUAUUGUAAUCAAACUUUCAUAUAGUUUAUAUAAUUGUUCAUUCAACUUGAACUUUUCUGCCUUCCUUAGAGAGGGUUACCAAAACUGAACGUCGAGUCUAGUAGAAUAUGUCAUAAUAAUUUCCACAUUUUAUCGACUGAAACAACUGAACCAUAACAAGAAUGUUCCUGGACUGAAACCACACUUUAAUAUCUACUCAUCGCAUUGGUGACUAUCGGAUUUCCGCGAGACAAUUUCUAGAAGACCGCGAAGCCAGCGGGACAUGUGAUAAUGUCUCGCAAGCGGUGCAGACAAGGAAGCGAAGAAGAAAUGAGUGUUAUUGCCGAGAUCUCGGCGGGCGACGGGCAGAACGGAGCCGUCGACGACUGCGCCUCUAGCAGUAAAACAGUGCUCACCCUCCAACCUGAAGGAUCUUCUUUACGGUCCGCCGCGCCGUUCAGCACGGAGGCCGCAGCAAUAGCGGAACGCGAGCGCUGCCACUACGGGCGAAUCCCGCGCGCCACUGCGUUGGCGGGCACGGCGCCGCGCAAGGUGCGCGUCUACUCCGAUGGCAUCUAUGAUAUGUUCCAUCAAGGCCACGCGCGGCAGCUGCAACAGGCCAAGACCGUCUUCCCUAAUGUUUACCUUAUCGUUGGAGUAUGCAACGACAAACUGACACACAGCCGCAAAGGGCGCACAGUAAUGACAGAAGAUGAGAGAUAUGAGGCCGUCCGACAUUGCAGAUAUGUAGAUGAGGUAGUACGUGACGCGCCUUGGGAAUAUACUGAGGAGUUUUUAGAGAAGCACAAAAUAGAUUUCGUCGCACACGACGACAUCCCUUAUACAACUUAUGACUGUGAAGAUACAUACGCUUGGAUAAAGGCGCUUGAUAUGUUCGUCGCCACUGAAAGAACAGAAGGCGUAUCAACGUCCGACAUCGUGGCACGAAUAGUACGUGAUUACGAUAUUUACGUGCGACGGAAUCUCGCGCGAGGCUACUCCGCCAAAGAACUUAACGUAGGAUUCCUCAAUGAGAAAAAGUUCCGUCUGCAAAAUAAAAUGGACGAACUCAAGGAUAAGGGCAAAAAGGUGAUGACAAACAUAGGCGAGAAGCGAGUGGAUAUUCUUACAAAAUGGGAGGAGAAAUCUCGCGAGUUGAUUGAUGCAUUCCUGUUACUUUUCGGUCCGGACGGACGGUUAUCUAACAUUUGGAACGAGUCCAAGGGUAGGCUCAUGCAGGCGCUCAGCCAGCCGCCUUCGCCGCGCUCGUCACCUCCGCCUUCGGAAAAUGGGGACUCCAAUCACUCGCCUGCCCAUAGAGGGUCGGCUUCGCCACCGCCCCCUAAAUCGCGACGUUAUGAGACCUUAUGGGAGCCCCAAGCAGAUGCAUCGAGCUCAGAAUGUAUUGGCGAUAAGGAAGAGGCCACACAGCGUCAAUUGACAGACGACGGCUCCGAGGACAGCGACGACGACUACCAAGAUACCAGCCCUUACCUCUAGGUAGUGCCUUCUGCCCUUGUUGGCGCCCUGUGAUACCGCACACUGCUCUAUCUCACGACGUCCAUACUAUCGAAGCGCUAAAAUAUUCUCGUUUUAAUGUUGCACUAAAUUUUACUGCUGUUCGUUCUUUCGCUUUAUUGACAAAAAAACAUCGGGCGCGAAAUGUGUGAACAUCUUUUAACAAUUUUGCUCAUUAAGUCGAGAAUAGUUGAGCAUUGUAUCCGCUGUGUUCGCGGGUGAUCUGUUUUUUCGAGAAAAUGUUUGUGUUAAAUUAUUGUAGAUGGGUCUACAUCUUAAAUUUUUGUGUUUGCUGUCUGGGUACAAAUGCGUGAAUGUAUUUAAUCCUAUUAGUUGUAAUUAUGUAUUAUUUAAUAUUUUAAGUAAAUUCCUUUCAUGUGUUUCGAUGGACAUUUUGCAGAACAUUUGCAGUUUGUUAGCACCUUAAAUACUGUAAUAUAAG